AUGGCACCUCCUAAAGCCCAAAGAGCAUUGGAUUUCUUCCGACAAGGGAGGAGAGACCGGCAGCGUUCCGACCAAGAUGGCGGCGGCUCCCACUCACCUGCGCACAACUCUGAUGCAGGCUCCAACAAUGAUUCGAGGCAAACCUCCACAGGUAACCUCUCGGUGUCAGAAAAGAGGCUGGCGGCUAUGCUCCAAGAGCGGCGCACAUCUAUGAGAACCGACUUUCAAACAGCGGUCUCAGACAUGCGCAAAGACCUACUCGAGGUAGGGUCACGAGUAAACACCCUAGAAGAAAAAACUGGAAACAGAUAACAAGUGCCUUAAGGAAAAAAUGGCAACCCAGGAUCGCUCCCGCCGCAAAAACAUCUGCGUGCGUGGAGUGCUGGAAAAAAUAACGCACGAGGAGCUGCCGUCUUACUUGCUACAGCUCUUUCAGGCAAUUCAGCCUACCGUGGAACCAGCGGACCUCUGCCUCGACCGGGCGCACAGUGUGCCGAAACCAAACAACCAAACAACCUCGCACAAGAUGUACCAAGGGAUAUAG